AUUUGCGAUCUCUUUUCUUCUUUCUAUUUUCUUUUUUUUUUUCGCGGUGGAUCUCUUCUCUUCAACCUGAAACCACUUUCUGAAGUUCAAUUCCGGUUUGAGAGGUUGCAGGAAUUGGUGAUGGCGAGUAGGCUGAAGGAAGAUGAGAAGAACGAGCGCGUAAUUCGCGGUCUUCUUAAGCUUGAACCAAAUCGAAGAUGCAUUAACUGCAACAGCUUGGGACCACAAUAUGUCUGCACAAAUUUCUGGACGUUUGUUUGCACAAACUGUAGUGGAAUACACCGCGAAUUCACCCAUAGGGUUAAAUCAAUUUCAAUGGCUAAAUUUACUUCACAAGAAGUAAAUGCUCUUCAAGGAGGAGGAAAUCAGCGUGCAAAAGAAAUUUAUUUUAAAGAAUGGGAUGCACAACGUAAUUCUUUUCCUGAUAGCAGUAAUGUUGAUCGGCUCCGGGACUUUAUUAAGCAUGUUUAUGUGGAUAGAAGAUUUACUGUAGAGAGGGCUAACGACAAACCACCAAGAGGAAAGGGUGACAAUGAUAUCUAUGAAAACAGGAGAAAUGACAUGUAUCAGGGAGGGUCUAGAAGCCCUCCAUACGAGGACACAUAUGAACGGCGUUAUAGUGACAGGUCUAGUUCAGGUGGAAGAAGUCCUGGAUAUGAUCAAGAAAGUAGGCAAUAUGGUGACUAUGGGAGGAGUCCUGGUCGUCCUCCAAUAGUCAAUGAUUGGCGUCGUGAAGAUCGUAGAGUAUCUGAUGGGGAUUAUAAGGUAGAAAAUCAAUCUCCUGAUCGAGCCAGAGAUGUUGGUUCUUCCAGUCCACCUGUGGUCCGACCUGUUAGAGAGAUAUUGGGGGAAAACGUAGUACCUCUUCGGAUAAGUGAACCCCCCAAACCAAACAGUGGUAAAGCUGCAGAUGGCUCUGUGUUGACACAGCGAACCACAUCUUCCAGUAGCUUGGCGUCCAGCAAUGGGAAUCCAGUGGAUGUUAAGCCUGAGAUUACAAAGAGCCUUAUUGAUUUCGAUGCUGAUCCUGAACCACCUGUUGCUCCGGCAAUUCCUCCAGCCCAACAAACUAAUGUGUCUCAACCUGUUGUGCAGCCAGAAAAAUCCAGUGCUGAUAAUUGGGCCUCUUUUGAUGUUGCUUCUCGAGCUACAGCAAAUUCAACUCCAAGCCCUGUGAAUGUAAAUCCACUUGAAUCUGUGUUGUCGCAAUUGUCAGUGCCAGCUUCUUUACCUGCACAUCUUUCUGGAGUCCAAGCUGGCCCAACUGUUGCAACAGCCAUUCCUGCGGGCAAUGCGACAACACCUGUAAGUGCCGGCGGUUUCUCAGCUUUUCCACCAAGUGGUUCUUCAGGACCAUCUCCUGGACUGGCAACAGCACCGCCUCCUAGUAAUGCAGGACAGUGGACUGGUCUGCAGCAUCAGCAACCAUUGUUUCAAGCUAAUGCUACCCAUUCCACACAACAAUAUAAACCACAUGUGGGUGGAGCUGUAAACAAUCAGCCAUGGAAUAUAUCCUCUGUGCCGACAGUUCAAGGGCAUCAAAAUACACCAAUGCCACAUGCAUACCAUGAUGCUAUAAACCCUGCCAAUACAAUCAGUGUUGUUUCACAACCUUCCACUGAAGUAAAAUCAGGUGGAAGAAAAGAACUUCCUGAGGAUCUAUUCACUGUGAAAUACCCAUCCUAUCCUGCGCCGGUUCCAGGUUGGCAAAUGGGUCUUCCCCAUGGCAUGGGUCUUCCCCGUGGCAUGGGUGUCUCAGUGCAAUAUAAUAAUGUGGUGCCCAUGCCAAGUUUUCCGCAGCAAUCAAAAUCUGUCAAUCCAUUUGAUGCCAGCGGUGAAUCUCCCCAAGUUCAAGCACCAACUUUUCCUUCCAUGUCAUCUUUGCAUGGUGCUCUGCCUAGUAUGCCACCUUCAGGAGCAAUUCAUCCUGCAAGCAUGGGUAAUCCAUCACACGCCUGGAUCCCGCCCCCGUCAUCAUCAUAUGUAUCUGUCCUGCCUGGACAAGCACAAACUCUUCCAUCAGCUAUGGGAGCAAGGAAUUACAUGGUACAACAAAUGCCACCACCUAACUUGCCAAUGCCAAGGCCAGAAGCUAGUAGUUUCGGAACUGGAGGAGCUGUUUUCGGCUUGUCAAAUCCAGAUCAGCAGCUAACUAAUUCAUUCUCCACCACUCCUGCCUCUAAUCCCUUCCCUGCAGGGGGGAACCCAUUCGGCUGAUGUGAAAAUGUGUCUUCCUGAACUUGUAAAAUCAAGCAUCAACUUGUUGCUCCCUGUACAAAUUUGGAUGAGUUUUGGUUUCUAUUGUUAGUCAAAGUGAUACAUAUUCGCAUUCUGAGAGAUUUGUGGUGUACCCUGGUCGAAGUCAAAUGUUUGUUACACGGCCAAAUUGUUACUAUAGGAAAGGUGAAGAGACAAUGCCUUUUUUUGGAAGCGGGGUGCUAGAGGAAUGAGUUAGAAGAGCUGAAAAAUAUUGUACCCCAAAAGAAAGAGAAGAGUCAAGCGGGUAUAAAAACCCUUGGUAGAGACAAUUGUUAUUUGGGUGAAGGGUGAACCCAUGCGUUCAUCAAUUAAGAUUGUCGUGUCGAUUGAGUAGUGGUGUGCUUAUUAGUAUCAUAGUUGUAUUUUAAUUUUCUUUCCUUUUUUUUUUUCGGUUUUACUCUAAUGUAUGAUUUUGUAAUCUCAAUUUUGGGAAGGUCUUUCU